AUGGACGGUAACAGACGAUACGCCAAAAAUGCUGGUCUUCCACUGAAAGAAGGUCACAGAGCAGGUGCGGAAUCUCUGGCCAAAGUGCUCAAUUGCUGCUUCAAGUUGGGGGUCAAGGAUGUCACGGUUUACGCUUUUUCAAUCGAGAAUUUUAACAGACCUCAGAACGAGAUAGAUACUAUAUUCUCCCUUCUGAAGAGCAGACUUGCAUACAUUGCUAAUGAGGACACCGAUUUCAGGGACUACGAUGUCGCCAUCAAAAUAGUGGGAAAUCGUAGUCUCGUGCCCACUGAUGUUUUGGCAGAUCUGGAAAAGAUUGAGGAAUCAACUGUUUCGCAUGGUAGCCAUAAUCUGUUCAUUGCAUUUCCCUACACGUCCAGAGAUGACAUCGUCCAUUCGAUGUCGGAAAUCGUUCAGAAAGUGAAGCGUAACGAACUGGGUGUGGACAGCAUUGACGAACACACUGUGGAAGAGAACUUUUACUAUCGUGGAGAAGCGGAAAAGGUGGAUAUCUUGGUGAGAACAUCAGGUCACACACGUCUCAGCGACUACAUGUUAUGGCAAUGCCAUCAGGAUAGCGUGAUUGAGUUCUCCAACACGCUGUGGCCCAACUUUAAGUUUUAUCACACCUGGUGGACGAUUUUCAAAUGGAGCUACUACAAAACGCUGAUUCUCGAGGAUGCAGAAACGAUGCAACUGAAGAAGAUCAGCGACGAGGAAAUCAACAAGAGAUACAAAGAGCCGAUUAAAAGCCUUUCUCAUCCUCCGUUUGCUUCUGUCACAAAAGUGGCUUAG